GCGAGUCCUUCCUGCGGGCGGGGCGGCUCAGCCUGGGCCCGGCCCGGUUCGGCUCGGUUCGGCAGCCCCCCUGGGGCUCCCCGCAGCAUGUGAGCCCGGCGGGGCGGGGAUGCUCUGGCUGCUCUGCGGUCCCUCCCGCGCCAUGGAGAGCCAGGCGCUGGUUAUCCGCAUCAGGAUCCCCGACGGCGGGGCCGUCGACUGGACCGUUCACUCGGCUCCCCAGCUGCUUUUUAGGGACGUGCUGGAUGUCAUUGGUCAAGUUUUGCCAGAUGCAACAACAACAGCAUUUGAGUAUGAAGAUGAGGAUGGUGAUCGGAUCACUGUUAGAAGUGAUGAAGAAAUGAAGGCCAUGCUAUCCUAUUAUUACUCCACUGUAAUGGAACAGCAAGUAAAUGGACAGUUAAUAGAGCCUCUACAGAUAUAUCCAAGAGCCUGCAAGCCUCCUGGGAAACGGAACAUACAUGGCCUGAAGGUAAAUACACGAGCAGGGGCUGCUAAUAAUAGCAGCUCAGCAGUCUCGGAUUCCCUUCCAAGCAAUAGCUUAAAAAAGUCUUCUGCAGAGCUGAAGAAAAUCCUUGCAAAUGGCCAGAUGAAUGAACAAGACAUACGGUAUCGAGACAUCCUCGGUCAUGGCAAUGGAGGCACAGUCUACAAGGCAUAUCAUGUCCCCAGUGGAAAAAUACUGGCAGUAAAGGUCAUACCCUUAGAUAUAACACUGGAACUCCAGAAGCAGAUAAUGUCUGAGUUAGAAAUUCUUUACAAGUGUGACUCAUCCUAUAUCAUAGGAUUUUAUGGUGCUUUUUUUGUAGAAAACAGAAUUUCAUUGUGUACAGAGUUCAUGGAUGGGGGUUCUUUGGAUGUUUAUAGAAAAAUUCCAGAGCAUGUACUUGGAAGAAUAGCAGUAGCUGUUGUGAAAGGCCUUACCUAUUUAUGGAGUUUAAAGAUUUUACACAGAGAUGUGAAGCCAUCUAAUAUGUUGGUGAACACACGAGGCCAGGUGAAGCUGUGUGACUUUGGGGUUAGCACUCAGCUGGUGAAUUCUAUAGCCAAGACGUAUGUUGGAACAAAUGCUUAUAUGGCGCCAGAGCGGAUUUCAGGAGAACAGUAUGGAAUUCAUUCAGAUGUUUGGAGCCUUGGGAUUUCCUUCAUGGAGCUUGCUCUUGGGAGGUUUCCAUAUCCUCAGAUUCAGAAAAACCAGGGAUCUUUAAUGCCUCUCCAGUUACUGCAGUGCAUUGUUGAUGAGGAAUCACCAGUCCUUCCAGCCGGGGAGUUCUCUGAGCCAUUUGUACACUUCAUCACUCAAUGCAUGAAAAAGCAACCAAAGGAAAGGCCAGCACCCGAAGACUUAAUGGGCCAUCCCUUCAUUGUCCAGUACAACGAUGGGAAUGCAGAAGUGGUGUCCAUGUGGGUCUGCAGGAUGCUCGAGGAACGGCGCUCGACCCAAGGACCUCAGUGACAGCAGCUCAGCCUGGACCAGCAGCCCCACACUUUGGACUCUCAGUCUCUCUGGAUCAUAUUUUACUAAAAAAAAAAACAACAAAACCUUUCUAGAAGCAUCGAGAGAAUUUUUCAGGAUCUUUGUUGCUGCCUCUUUCACAUUAAGGAAUUUUCUUCCCACAUUUCUUAUGUUGCUGAGCAAUUUAAUGUCCUCAGAUUUGUCUUCAGUUAAACUGUACACAGCCUUAAAGCAAGUAUUUUAUAUCUAUUUUUUUUUUUUGUUAUUGAAUGUAUUGUAUAUUUCUGGGCUCCAGAGUAUUUUUUAACUGGUUUUGCUGUUUGUAUGAGUGACACACUGAGUGUUCAGAGGAUUUUGUAAGGAGCUCUUGGCUGUUUCCGAGUGCAGUCAGCCACAAAAUGCUGGGUUGAAAUGGAGAACAAGAGCAAACAAACAAACAGAAGGAAUAUCUGGAUUUGUCCAUCCUGUCAGGAGGUGAGGGGUUGCUUUUCAGCAGGUAGCUCUGAACACUGAAAGGUUUUGCUGAGGUGGGAAGAGGUGAGGUGAAUAAAGAGAGCUCUCUCCUGACCAGGGAGUCCAAGCUCCAUCCCUGGAGCUGGGCAGGACCAUGAGCUGGUGGUGGCCUCUGCCUGUGCAGGGGGAGCAGCAGAUGCAGGAGGUUGCAGAUGAAGGAUGGGAGGUGCUGCUUGUGCCACCUGAGGGGCCAAGGCCACCCCAGAAGCUUGGGGGGAGAGAACCUGGCAGAGAGACCUGAGCUCUGCCCUCAGGACACUCAGCAGGGUGUUAGAAUUGGAGAAUCAUGGAAUUCAACCCCCAACCCACCCCUGUCCCUCAGCACCACAUCUCCAGGGCUUGGAAACCCUUCCAGGGAUGGAGACUCCACCUGGGCCAGGCCCUGACAACCCUUUCCAGGGAGGAAUUGUCCCCAAGCUCCAACCUAAACCUCCCCUGGCACAACUUGAGGCUGUUCCUCUUGUCCCAUCCCUUGUUGCUCCUCUCAGGUAGGUGUAGGGAGCAAUGAGCCUCCUCUUUACUUCUCAUCACAGCAGUUGGUUUGCUUGGAAGCAUCUUGGUCCCUUUUUUUCUUACCUACCUUGGUCCCUUCUUUUCCUACCCACCUGGGUCCCAUCUUUUCCUGCAUCACUGGGUGAUGGGUGCAGAUGGGUCAAGCAGAGGUUCCCAGGGUUUUUUUGGUACCACAAAGGUAAGAGGAACAAUUGCAAAGCCUCUGCUGUGUGUUGGUCACUCCUGCAGCUGCUGUGUGUGUUUUCACAGCUGCCUGGCACCCGUUUCACCAGGCCUUGUGUCAAGAUGCUUGUUAAAACGGGCAGAAGAGAGGAAAGCAGUGAAAGGUAGGGUUGGGUUUUAAGGCAAGUUUCAGGUUAACAAUUAAAACACUGAUGUGAGUGGGGCAGGGGAGGAGGUUGGGGCUUUUGUUUGCUUGGUUUUUGCAUUAGAAAUAAACUUUUGCUAAAAAAAUAAAAAAGAGAAAAGC